ACUGGAGAUAUCACUUACUACGAGGCCGGACUGGGAGCUUGCGGUUGGACCAGCGAUGGUUCCACUGAGCAAGUUGUUGCUCUCCCCUACGAAUUGAUGGGUACCCAAUCCAACGGUAAUCCGUACUGCGGCAAGACCAUCACCAUCUCGUACCAAGGAAAGACAACCCAGGCUAAGGUUGUCGACAAGUGCAUGGGCUGCAUGGGCGAUUCCAUCGAUCUUUCCAACGCAGCUUUCCUCGAGCUCGCCGAGCUUGCGGUCGGUCGUGCUAGUGCCGAGUGGUGGUUCAACUAG